AACACAUUAUGAGUGGAUUACUUAAUAAACUCCAAGUCAGACUCGUGUUCAUUACAAAGUACUAACGCAAACAAACUUUUUUAAAUCGCUGAAGUAAUUUCGCAUAAAUUCUACAAGUUUACUGAACAUAUGUUAACAUCUGUAAAUAUAUACAUAUAUAAUAUUUACAUAUGUAUGUGAGUGUGUGUGUGUAUGUGCAUCUGCCUGUGGUUAUCUGGAAUUAAUAAUGAACGCAAUCAAAGUGAGAUGUCAAUGUCUAUUAAAGCCAUAAUCAGUAGAUAAAUUUAUCAAUUAAUUUGCUGAUAACGGUCCAACUCUCCGCAAUCCCAAAAGGAACCCAAGUGGAACAUUUGUUAUUUCCUGUCGCAAUUGGAAAUGGUUUACUCAGCUCAACGGAUAAGUGUGCUAUGAAUUUACCCAGGGUAAACAUACAAUUAAUUAUAAUUGUGUUGACAUUAAUUAAAAAGCGUUACUAAACUGGCAACACGUAGUACUCCCAAUUAGCGUCUGAUUGCCGGCAAAUAAUACUGGGAAUUAUACACAAUGCAAGAACAAAUUGUAUUCAUCAAAUAUAAACAAGAAAAUUUGAACAAAAUGACUAAGAGUCGAGAGAUCGUACAAUAAUCAUUGCAAAAUGAACAACUAUUUGAAGAACAUGCACUGGUCAAAGUGUAUUGCCGUGGCAUUAUUCUUACUUCUGAUAUUUGUAACCGUGAUUGGCAAUAUGCUCGUUAUAUUGUCUGUGCUGACCACACGAAGGCUUCGCACGGUUACUAAUUGUUUUGUGAUGAGUUUGGCCGUCGCGGAUUUACUUGUCGGCAUUUUCGUGAUGCCUCCAGCAGUUGCUCUAUAUGUCAUCGGUUCAUGGCAACUUGGGUGGACGCUCUGUGAUAUUUGGAUAUUCUUUGACAUAUUGCUUUGCACCGCAUCCAUUCUCAGUUUAUGUGCCAUAAGUUUGGAUAGGUAUCUUGCAGUCACACAGCCGUUGACAUAUUCAAAAAAGUGGCGUUGCAAACGAUUGGCCCUGUUAAUGAUUCUUGGCGUUUGGUUACUGGCCUUCGUUAUUACAUGUCCACCCAUGCUCGGCUGGUAUGAACCAGGCAGGAAUCGACAACAACAGGACUUUGUCGACUGUCGUUACAAUCAAAACAAAGGAUAUGUCGUUUACUCGGCUAUGGGCUCCUUCUUUAUACCGCUGACAGUCAUGUUGUAUGUGUACGUUAGGAUUGGUUAUGUCCUCACAUCACGUCGAGCUCACAUUGUACGCGAUGCGAAUACAGAACGCACUGCUGAGUAUGAGGUGGAUGGUGAGCAUUUCAUCUCAGAAUCGGAACAGUAUCGUUGCAAUCCUCACAAAUGUUUGCCGUGCUGUGAGGCACGUUGCAGUGUCAUCCGCACCCAAGCGAAUCCCAUAUUCAGCACCAACAACGUGAAGUGCACCAAAUGUCAGGAGACAAAGUUUGCGGAUAAGAAAAUGAAACUGAAACAUCAACCCACAUUCUAUGAGCUUAUGGAGAUAUCCCGCGUCUCGUCAUUGAUGCAGUGUACAGGAAAUAAUUGCAGAUAUCACACACGCUGUGCCUCGGCAAUGUCACUGCCAGCAUUAUAUUAUAAUGAGAGCUCAUCGGUGGGCACAUCGACAAACAGCAAAGUGGCCGAUCGAUCAAGCAACAAUUCGCAACGGAUGAGGCGACCCAUGGCUAGCCAUCGGGUCCCGAUGCGAGUGUCGACAAAGACCAAGAGCUCGAAAACAACAAAAACUCUGACGAUUGUCAUGGGAGGUUUGAUCGCAUGCUGGACGCCAUUUUUUGUGUAUUAUCUGUUGAUACCCUUUUUGCCGCAGUUGAAAAAGCUCGAGGGUCUAAUGUCCUUUUUCACAUGGGUGGGCUGGGUUAACUGUGCCAUUAAUCCUUUCAUUUAUGCCUUCAACCCCGACUUCCGUGCUGCCUUCUGGCGUUUGACAUGUCGGAGAAUCUGUAAGCAGAAACUGCCGCGAAAUCAUAUGAAUAUGUUUCGUGCCUGAAAAACGCACAAAAUGAAAUCAACAACCAUUCUUACCAUAUACAUACAUAUAUUUAUUUGAUAGGAUAUUCAUAGCCGAAGCAAAACCCACACAAAACACAAGUAAAAUACAAUUUAUUUAAAUGUUUGUACUUAAGCAUACUUUGUAUUAUCUAACACUAAGUUUAUUUAUAAUAAAA